AUGGCUGCUCCCCAGGAUGAUGAUGAGGAGGAUCUGAUAUUCAGCGUUGAAGACGUACAGAAAAUUGUUCGUGACAACAUCGAGCUUUGUCUUGGCGGGAACACGUAUAGCCACUCAAGGACACCACAAUGGAUCACUAUAAUCACGGAAAAAACUCUUGCUAGGCUGCACAAACUAAACAAGCCUUUCAAGUACAUUUUGCGUAUAAUAAUAACACAGAAAAACGGCACGGGGCUGCACACUGCCGCGGCGUACUUCUGGGACACCGCUACGGACGGCACUUGCACGGUACGCUGGGAAAACAAGUUCAUGUACUGCAUAGUCAGCGUAUGGGGGUUAGCGCUGCAGAUUUAA